ACUCAAUUUUCACCAACGCAAAAACUCCCCAAACUCCUUUUCCUUUUACCACUUCCAAAGUCUCAGUUUUAUUCAUAUCAUGGGUGUUUUCACUUACGAGACUGAGAGCACCUCAGUGAUCCCUCCAGCUAGGUUGUUCAAGGCCUUUGUUCUUGAUGCUGAUAACCUCAUCCCAAAGGUUGUACCUCAGGCAGUCAAGAGCUCUGAAAUCAUUGAAGGAAAUGGAGGUCCUGGAACCAUCAAGAAGAUCAACUUUGGCGAAGGGAGCCAGUACAAGUAUGUGAAGCACAGGACCGAUGCGAUCGACGAAGCAAACUUCACAUACGCCUACAGCGUGAUUGAGGGAGAUGCACUGGCAGACAAGAUCGAGAAAAUCUCGUACGAGACGAAGAUAGUGGCAUCCCACGAGGGAGGAUCCAUUUUGAAGAGCAUCAGCCACUACCACAGCAAAGGCGACCACGAGAUCAAGGAAGAAGACGUGAAGGAUGGUAAAGAGAAAGCCUCAGGACUUUUCAAGGCAGUUGAGGGUUACCUGUUGGCACACCCUGAUGCUUACAACUAAUUAAAUUCCAUAAAUCUGCGACUCUGCGAGUUGUUUAAUUUGUGGCUUUCAUUUCUUUCGAGCCAAAACUGCAUGCUUUUGGGUUUGAUAAUAAAGAAGAAGUUUGCUCAUCUACUGGUAUUGAUUAUGAUCUGUUAUUUUGCUGUAAAACUCGGCUCACAUACAAAAUAUAUAAUGAAAAUCAUCUUGUUGUACUUUUA